UACUUGACAGGCAUUCCAAUAAAUAAUUAAAAAAAAAAACAAGAAAUCAUACAUAAUAAUAAUAAUAAAAAUAAUAAUAACAUUAAUUGAUUUAAUACAGAGCCAAUGUAAUUAUGAAAGAAACACAAUAAAUUACUAUGAGAUAUAAAAUGACUGAAAUAAAAAAAAUUUCAAAUCAAUAAAAUAUUAAAGCGAGAUCUCGAGUGUUAUUUUUUCGAGUCGCGUCAGUGGAUUGGGCUGAAAAAACUCUAAUUAUUUUUAAUUGCCACGUAAUUUCGUAAUAUGGUAUAAUAACAUACGGAUGAUAAUUAAACGUGUACCUUAUCGUAAUAAUAUUUUAUGAUCUAAUAUCAUAAAGAUAACAAAAAUGCCUAGUAAAAAAAAAAAAUACAAUGCCCGAUUUCCAGCAGGACGCAUAAAGAAAAUAAUGCAAACUGAUGAAGAAGUUGGAAAAGUUGCUCAAGCUGUACCAAUUAUUAUUUCUAGAACAUUAGAACUCUUUGUACAUUCAUUGUUAACAAAAACAAUGCAGAUUACUAGUACUAAAAAUGCCAAAACACUCAGUCCAUCUCACAUGAAACAAUGUAUUUUAUCAGAAAGUCGUUUUGAUUUUUUGAAAGACCUAGUAAAAAGUGUUCCUGACGUUUCAAAUACUGAUGACGAAGUACAAAGUCCACCAAUGACACCAGCACCUAUGGGAAUAAAUUUAAUAAAUCCAACAGUGAAUACGCUACGUAUUCAACCCGAAAUACGAAUCCCGAAGGAAUUGACAAUAACAAGAAAAUCAACAGAAGUCAAUAAUCAUUCAAAAGACUGCCUAGACGCUAUUAAAAUCAAUGUUAAUACAAUAGAAGAGGGAUCGUCCUCACCAAAUCGAGUUCCUAAUUUUCAAAUUUCAAUGCCGUCGUCAUUUACCGAUGGUAAACCUAAUUUUUAUACUGAAUUAAAUCCGUUGAAUUUGUCAACGCAGACUAAAGAACCCAAUUCAUCAUUAAUUAACACUAAUAGUAUUGAUGAAGAUUAUGAUACAUAAAUAUAUAUAUAAAUAAUUAUUAUUUUUUUUAAUAUAUUAAAAAUAAACUUUGUAUGUGUUUUAAAAAUUUAUGGAAUUGUCUGUUGUUUAGAUGUUAAAAAAAAAAGUAAUUGUGUCAGCACAUAAGAUUAUAAUUUUGUAUGAGUUACUAGAUGCUAUUAAUUACUUUUAAAACUUAUGUAAGUGUUUUUUUAUUUUAUUUUUGAACAAAUAUUUAAAAAGUCAUUAAAAUAUUAUCAUACGAUCAUAUUAAGUAUUAGUUUGAUUUUUUUAAAUUAUCAAAAUUA